AUGCUGACUUUGUUAAUUUCAGGAAGUAAACAACCUGGAAAUGAUAUAGACGUCUAUUUGGCACCGUUGAUAGAUGAUUUAAAGUUGUUGUGGGAUGGAGUGGAUUGCUAUGAUUCUUUUAGUAAAGAAAGUUUUAUACUGAGAGGGUUACUUUUAUGGACAAUUAAUGAUUUUCCAGCUUAUGGAAACUUGUCGGGGUGUUAUGUUAAGGGUUAUAAAGGAUGUCCAAUAUGUGGGGAGCAAACAAGUGCAACAAGAUUGAAGUUUUGUAAAAAGACUUGUUACAUGGGGCAUAGAAGGUUUCUACCUGCAGAGCAUUAUCUUCGUAAUCAAAUGAAAGCCUUUAAUGGUAAGCAAGAACUACGAGGACCUCCACCAAUAAUGACUGGUGAAGAGAUUUAUGAAGAGAUUCGUUUGAUAAAUAAUAGAUUCGGAAAACCAGUCACAAAUACCGAAGAAUGUGAAGACAUUGAAAGUAGGGUCAAAUCAAAGGGUAAAAGUAAGAUGAGUAAGAAACGAAAACGUAGCAAGAAACAUCAAAUUAAGGUGCCAGAUGGUUUUUCAUCGAAUAUUCGAAAUUUGGUUUCCUUGAAAGAUUGUAGACUACAGGGUCUAAAGUCUCAUGACUGUCAUGUGUUAAUGCAACAAAUGCUUCCAAUAGCUAUUCGAGGCUUAUUAGAAAACCCCGUGAGAAAUGCUAUAAUCAGAAUGUGUUUCUUCUUUAAUGCCCUUUGCUCUAAAGUUAUUGACGUAUCAAAGUUGGAGGUUAUUCAAUUGGAAAUUGUGAAGACUUUGUGCUUGUUCGAACAAUAUUUUCCUCCAUCUUUCUUUGAUAUAAUGGUUCAUUUGGCAGUUCAUCUAGUUAGAGAAGUCACCUUGUGUGGGCCAGUUUGUUUUCGAUGGAUGUACCCUUUCGAGAGGUUGAUGAAAGUUUACAAGGGUUAUGUGCGAAAUCGAAGUCGUCAAGAGGGUUGUAUAGUUGAAUCUUAUAUAGCUGAAGAAGUAGUUGAAUUCUGUUCUGAGUAUAUGGUCAAUGUUGACUCAAUUGGAAUUCCAGUAAGGGCAAGAGAGGGAGUUGUAGAAAAUAAGGGUAUCAACAAUGGAAAACCUACUUUAAUGGAAAAAGAAGAUUGGGAGGUUGCUCAUCAAAAUGUCUUGGAGAAUACAGAUGAGAUUCAGAAAGAGUUGACCGAUGAGUUGCAUGAAGUUACCGAAACUUUGAGAUGGCUUUCAUUAGGUCCGACUCGAUUGGCAAUUAAGCACGAUGUGUUUAUAAUUAAUGGUUGUAGGUUCAACACUAAAGCUCGUGAUGAUGUUAGGGUCACCCAAAAUAGUGGUGUAAGUAUUGUAGCUCAAACCUUGCAAGUCUCUAGUGCACGUGACAAGAACCCUAUAUAUGGUGAGAUGAAAUUUUAUGGUGUCAUUCAAGAAAUAUGGGAGCUUGAUUAUCGUGAAUUUAGGAUGCCGAUGUUCAAGUGUGAUUGGGUAGACAGCAAAAGUGGUGUAGAGAAAGAAAAGUUAGGUUUCAUUAAAGUUGAUUUGAAUAAAAUAGGACAUAAAAAAGACUCAUUUAUAAUGGCAAGUCAAGCUAAACAAUUGUUUUAUGUUGAGGAUCCUACUUCAUCAAGAUGGUCAAUAGUGCUUGCUUCACAACCAAGAGACAAAGUGCAUGAUGACGAUCAACAACAUGACUUUGGUGAAUUACAAACUUCAGAAAAAGAGUGUGGUUUUAUCCCUGAGUUUGAGGGAGUUGAAGCAAUUGUUGGGCCAUAUGUACGAAAAGAUGGUGAUGGAAUUUGGAUAGUAAGAUUUCAUUUUUAUGAAUGA